GGAAAAUGGGGGACAAGUAUAUACAUAAGAGAUCUCGAGUAACAGAUCUGAACAGUCGCGAAAAAUCUAUAAUCGGCGUAUAUCACUUAGCUCGCGCUCUUGACAGUUUUCUAUUAAACAUGAAACUAUUAAUCACCACUUGUGUGACGGCAAUGUGCUUUGUCGGCAUUCGUUGUGAUACGACUCCAACAUCCGAAAAAAAGGAUAAUGUCAAGGAUGUUCUAGAUGAACAUAAUGUGGAACUUACUAUCGAUCCAAAUGACGAUUACCAGCUGGAACUUGUGCAAGUAAUGUUUAGACAUGGCGAUCGAGUUCCCGAUAGAGCAGAAAUUUACAAGACAGAUCCUUACGAUGAGAUUUUCAAAAGUCACGGCUACGGACAAUUAACUAAGGUCGGAAAGCAACGGGUAUACAAAAUAGGUCAAAUAUUGAGGAAACGUUACGGAGGCUUCCUUGGCGAUUACAACAGUAGUGACGUCUACGCGUACAGUACGAACGUUGAUCGUACAAAGAUGUCAUUGCAGUUAGCUUUAGCGGGUCUCUAUCCUCCAUCGAUCAAAACUUCUUGGAAUGAUAAAAUCAAUUGGUCACCUAUUCCUACCCAUAACGAUCCACUAGGAACGAACUUUCUCAUGGGCUUUGCCUGUCCUAGGUACGAUCAUUUGUAUGAAGAGGUCAGAAAAUCAGCUGAAAUACAGGAAAGGCUGAGGAAAUACAAUGACUUUUACAUGUUUCUACACAAUCAAACUGGAAUAACCACUUUCACGCCAACCAGUAUUUUCAUGAUCUAUAACAAUAUACAUGCUGCUAGAAGUUUGGGCUUAGAUCUACCCAAGUGGUGUAGCGAAGAUGAUUACAAAACCAUCCUGGAAAUAUCGCCGAUCGCCAUGCGAGUCUUGACUCACACUGAUGUGAUGAAACGCAUAUUAGGAGGGCUGGUAAUCGAGGAAUUUCUGAACAAUAUCGAAGAUAGAAUUGAGAAUAGUAGAAAGAUAUACUUAUUCGGAGGACACGAUCUAAAUAUCGCGUCAUUUACGAAUGUUCAUAACUUUACUAAUAUUCCAUCUAUCCCUGAUUAUGGAAGCACAAUUGUUUUCGAACAAGUGAAAAAGAAAGACGGCCGAGAUGAUGAAUUAUACAUACGCGUAUGUAUUUAAUAUAUCCUAUAAUGAAACUCUUUAAUUACCGAUGAAUUAUUUACGCAAAUGUAUCUCUGGACGGGAGCUGGCGAAAAGUGGAUCCCACUGAAAUUAGAUAAUUGCGAUCGGAUUUGUCCGCUGUCUAAAUAUAAGAAAAUCAUAGAAUCUUUAUUACCAGAUGAAUUUUCCAGAGAAUGUACGAUCCUUAAAAAUCUUUGCACACUUCCAAGUUAUCUUCAGAGACUCGAUGUUCCUUUCGAAUUGACUUCUCUAUAUGCUGGGGAAGAUUUGAAAUCCUUCAAGUACAUGGGAGACGUAGAAUCUCCUUAUGAAACUGACAAAAAAUAUGCUCCUUCAAAAUUUUAAUAAUUUUUACAUGUAUUGUAGACAAUACAAAUGGAUAUUUUUAUUUCUCUGCGAAUUUUCAUUCGGUUAUAUUACUUUCAUAAUCAGAGAAAGUGACGAUUAUAGCAGAAAAAUGUGAUUGUGGAUUGUAUUCUUUUAUAGUAAAUCACUAAAAUAAAUAAGAGGUUGACGAU